AUGAAGGGCUACCUAGUGAGCUGCGGUGUGCCCAAAAACAAACAGAGGAAGCAGAUCAUUUGCCUCGCGUGCGUGGGCAAGCUGAUGGGGGAGCUGAGGGUCGGCGCUGAUGCAAGCAGCUUGAGUUUGUGCGAGCGCGGGCAUGACCAGCAGGAUGGGGUGCUGUUCGAGAGGCUGCCCUCAGGCAGCUGGAAGCAGCAGCUGGCAUUGACGGACGAGUUGCUGGAGGGGGCUGUGGCUGCGAACGAGAGCUCCGUCUCAAGAAAGAAGCCCAGAAAAGCUGCAGCAAAUACGCUGAGGGGAUUGCAAGCUGGAAAAAGACCGCGUGCAGAGCCGGUGCUCGAAGAGGGAGAAGAGAGCGCAGACCAUCGCGGCGACGUUGCGACGCAGGCCGCGCGCUUCCUGAAGCGCAUCCCGGAUGGCACUUGCGUCGUGGUGUUGCCGGUGGGGCAAGGCCUCCGAGGGGGCUUCCUGGGGCGGCUCUAUCUCACCGCAUGGGAUCACAAUCGCGCGAAGCCGAAGCCGCUGGGGAAACCUUGCAAAGGGAAGGGGUUGCUGGAGGAAGCAUGUGGGACCAGCAGGGGCGCAUCAAUUGCACGUGCGAUCGUAAGAGGCUGGCCCUAG